AUGAAUCGUUUUCUAUCAUCAAUUCUACUCCUCCUCUCUAUCACAUCCAGCGUCAGCGCAUCGCGACAUUCUUUCACAAGGAGUGUGACCAAGGCUUCCCUUUUCGGCGUCCGUGGAGGAGGCCUCUUUGGAGGAAAGGAUGACAAAAAUGAAGCAGAAGUAGAACAGGGAGAGAAGAAGAUGUACCCAGCCAUGUCACAAGAAGAAAUUGAGGACUGGAUGGAACAUAUUCCUGUUUUCGCUGUCACUGAUGCUAACGGAGCUGGUGUCAUCUUGAAACCUGAUGAAGAUACAAGUGUUUUUUACUUCUUCUUCAACCCAUUGGCCGCCAACGCAACUUUGACUCAAUUGCAGAAAGUUAACGAGGGUAUGGAAUUGAAGGUUUCCGCAUUUUCGUUGGGAAAAAUCUGGUUCAAACUUUUGAAUGCGGAUCCAAACCAAGAAGUGUUGCUCAAGGCACCUGACUCUGACGACAAAAAGACUGCUACUGGAAUUCAAUACCGCCUUGUUCCUGACACUAAGGAUUUGCUUGGAGCUCGAAUGUUGCUGACCAUGUCACCAGAAGACAGCGAGGCGUUGAAGACUGGCGAGACAAUGACACAAGAAAUGGCGCAAAAGGCUAUUGAAAAGGCAAUGACCGAGUCACCAAAGUUCAAGGAAACUUACAACGAGAUUCCCGUUUUCACAAUUGCUCAAAUGCGCAUGCAAAAACAAGCUGCUGAGGGUGAGACUGGAGAACCCGUGACCCUUCUUCCCAUGUACUUCAGCUUGCAAAAUAUGGUUGGAACUUGGCAGCAAUUCAUGUCAUCCGCAGCUCCCGAUAUGCAAGGAGUUGAGCCAGCAAUCAACUUGAUGUCGCUUCAUGAUUUGGUUGCCAUGAUGAAAAAGGAUUCAGAAAUCGACUUCCGAAAUGUUGUUCUCGUUCCAGCUGCUCCUGAGGGUGAAGGACAAUCAGCAGCCGCUGGACGUCCUGCUGGACCUGCCAAUGCAAUGGCUGGAAUGGGUGGUGCUACUCUAGGUGACAUCUAA